AACACACGAUGGGCCGGCAGCCCAACUGGUAUGACUGCCGCUAUUUAUUCACGUGCGUGCCACACAACACGAGUUCGAAUGAAGAAGGGUAUCUUGGUAAAUGAACGAAAACACGGUGGUAGGGAGGGGUAAUAUUGAGGAAACCCUAAGGGCAUUUUUGCCAUUUCAAAUAACAGGGUAUAUAACCUUCUCUUAGCAAAACCCUAAUCUGCUCUAACCCUAAGCGGCGGCCGCCCUCUCUCUCAUCUCCCUCUCAUUUUUCUUUAUCGAUUCCUUUCCUCUCUUCUUCGCUCCCAGAGAAAAAAAAAACCUAGCCUUUCUCCCUCUCGUCCUCAUCUUCUCCAGAGAAAUCUAGCCGCCCGAAACCCUAGCCCCCAAAUCGAAACCGCCGCCUCUUCUCUCGUUCCUCAUCUCGGUCAGAGAAACCAACCCUAGCCUCGCUCAAAACCGCCGCCGCUCUCCUCUCUCGGCUCUCUCCCUCUCGACUUGAUGAACGCGAGAAACGACCCCGCUCACCGGAUUAAAAAAAAAAUCGAUUUGAGUAAGAUACUAUCCUUGCAUGUUGUAUUUUUUCGUUUUUUUUUUGUGAAAAUCGAAAGGUUUCUGAUGUUUUUUUUUUUGUUUUUUAUUUGAGCGAGCGGAAGAGGAGACGAGCAUCGGGUCUCGCCGCCGACUACAGCAGCAACAGGCGGGGAUACCGCCGUCGGUCACUCGAAAAUUACCAGAAGACUCUCGAUCUAGGUGAAGCCGUGACAUGCAUGACCCUUUUCUUAUUUUCUGUUUUUUUUAUAUUUUUGUUCCAAAUUUACUAAUUUUCUGUUUUUUCAUUUCUGGAGAAAACGUCCCAAACCGAGGGGAUUUUUUCGAUCUACCUCCUCCUACUCUCUCGGUGAGUUUCUCUUAAACAUGCACGCUUAGAUAAAUUUUUUUUUUACACAAGACGUGAUUUUAAUUUUGAUUUUUGUUUGGGUUUUUGGUGUUGGACGAGGGAUGAAGGAGGGCGAAGACCGGCGGCGACGUCCAGACCAAGGGACGGUCGACGGUAGGUUCGGACUAAUUUUUCGUCGGUUUAUUCGUUUUUUUUAUUUCGUAUUUUGGGUUUUAAUAAAUUUUUUAUUUCGGUUGGGUGGAGGACGAGGGACUCUUUGGCCGCCGAGAUCUCCGUCGGCGAAGUCAGGUGAGAAUUUUAUUUUAUUUUUGUUUAGGUUUAUUACCUCUUUAAUCUAUUCUGACCUCUACUUUUGUUUUGAUGCAGUUAUUGGAAAUGGACAGAUCUGGGUAAGGUUGUCCUAAACUCGGGUUAAUAUGAUUGGGGUGGUUGAACUAAAAAAGGAAAGGAUUGUGUUUCGGUUUAGAUUUGGUUUGUAAAUCUGUGGUUUGGAAAUAUGUUGUAUGUGUGUUUGAUGAUCUCGAAUAUUUUCAUGCUUGGUGGUUUGGUUGAUGGUUUUAGAAGUAACUCCUGGAUGCUAGAAUUUGCUAAAAAAAAAAAUUAUUUAUGGGAAAGUAAUUAAGAAGUUCAAAAAUCACUAUUUUUGGUAAUUGUAAAUCACUGCCUCUGCUUGUGAUUUUGCAAUGGUUUGAAAUCUGAAAUUUAGUGCGUUUAUGGUGUUUUUGUUGGAUUUGGUUUUAAAACGAAAAUCAUAUUUGUUUCUGUUUAUGAAAUCUUGGCGAUUGAAACUGUAUGUUGGUUUAAGCUAUAUGUUCUUAAAAGAAAUUGAAAUUUGACUAAAGUUCAACAUGAUCUUUACCAAAAGAUUAGGCUAAUGAUGGUAACUUGAGCAAACGGAUUUAGACAGGGGGUACAAGUUUAUUGCUGCAUAAACUGUGCUCAAUUGAAAUAAAUCGCAUAUAUGCAGAUUGCAGUAGUAGUAUAUUGCUUAAAUAGAAACUGAACCGAUGGAUAAACUUAAACGAACUCAAUUAAGUAAAUAAAGCUGAUGGAGAUGAGCAACAAAGCAGAUGGAUUGUUAGUAAAACGAAGAUCGAGAUUACGAACACUAACCUUGUUGGGAUUUCUGACUCUAAGAAACCCCCGCUUUAUGCUCCUAUCUCGCAAACCUCCGAAUUGAAAUCAACUCCUCCAAACCAAAAGAAAGAACCAGAAAACCUCCCCAUUUUAUGUUCUGUCCUCUUUUUUUCCUUUUCGUCCCCAAUACCAUGUGAGCCAAUGAAACCUCCAUAUCCAAAUUGGUACAGGUCAGAUCAACACUGUGCUUACCACUCAGGAGUAGCGGGACACUCAACUGAAGAUUGUCGAAUGUUCAAGAUCAAAGUCCAACAAAUGAUGAAAGCUGGUUGGUUAAAGUUUGAAGAAGAUCCUAAGUCCCCAGACGUCAGCAACAACCCGCUGCCAACUCAUGAGAAUUAGUAGGCAUGUUACAAGGCAAAGCUCGAUUGAAGGAUGAUGUUGAUCCUAUCUAGUAAAUAAAAUAUCGAGAUAAUUUGCCAUAACAAAAUAUGUAUCACUUUUGCUUUCACCGUCAUGAAUAAAAGGUCUUUCGCGUUACGACCUCUUCGGAGCACUGUGUGAACAUUAUCAAUCUUAAUUUUAGAGUUUGCAUCAAUGGGUUUUCAUAAUCAAAAUAGUGAAUACCACUUCUGAUGUUUUUUAAAAAAAUCUACAAAAAUGAAACCCGUCAAAAUCCAGUUUCAUGCUCAAGUUAAGCCAUGAGAUUGUCAUGCUAAGAAAAUGCGAACACCCCACUGGUGUUGAGAAUUUUAAACACCCCAUUAGUGUCGAGAGCUUAAUCGCCCCACUGGCAUUAAGAGUAUGAACACUCUACUUGAGUUCAUAUAAAAUUGAGAGUCAAAAUUAAUAGUCAAAAGGUGUAACGAGUAUAGGACAUCACGCUACUUGUAGAGCCUUGUUGCCACUGUAGUCGACUUUUGCUAACAGGUUGAGACUCCGUUCAUAUGAAGUCAAAUAGCCAAAUCCCAGUGCAGCGAUACACAGGGGACUCAACAUUAUGGAUAGGAAACUUCUCACUGAAUGUCAUGACUAGUGGAUUGAAGGAGUUCAAGGAUGCAAUCUAUGCAAACCAAGGAAUCACACGCACGAAACACUUAUAUAUACAAACAAGCACAUAACGCCAGCAAUCUCGCUUCUUCGGGAAGGGAAUAGCCAAAUCAGGCUAGCUAGCAAAAGGCACCCACAUUCUCAAUCACCAAGACAAACCCUCAGCCUUCUUAUACUUGUGUCAAGAAAAACAAAUUUUAGAAUUAAGAAAAAUGAGAAGCAUAGAUGGGGGCAUAGCAUAGCCAAGUAAGUCCCACAAAAAAAAAAACAAGAAAAUAAGUGAAAAAAAUAGAAAAUAUGUUGUGGGACUUACAAAUUAGGUGCCCCUAGUUAGCAUUUCAAGUAUCAACCGCAUGCACCAAGUCAAGGUCUUACAAAGAAAGUAUGAUGACCUCAAGCCACGGUCUUCCAUGAUAAAAAAGCCCUUUGGCAAAAAAUCACAUCAUUCAAGGUACUCGUCAUUUUGAGAGCAAGUCAGAAGUUGAAACUCCACCAUAAUCAACAUUUAGAGGUCAAUCAAGAAUCUCGACAAGUCAAUAACCAAAUUGCAUUGGCAAAAACCUCAACCCUCGACUCAUAAACCAUAAUUUCAAAGACAGGGGGCAAGACCAGUUGAAGAUAAACUCCCCAAAUAUGCCCAGAACUCCCUACAUUUUUGAACAAGUCUCCAUCAACAAAAUGUCUGGGAUAAUAGUGGCUUUCAACCCAUCAGGGCAAUACCAUACUUGGGGGGCAUAGCCAAAAUCCCUUUACGAGAAGCCUUAUAUGGGUAAGAUCAAGAUAUGACUUAUCCAUCACCCAUCUGAAUAAACCACUCUUCAAGAGCAAGAAGACUCCUACCAUCAAAGUCAUAUCGGACAAAAACCCCUUUCAUGGGAAACCAACGUCCACAACGAAGCCAUAGGAAGGUAUCCUAAAUCAAUCACACCAAGGUCUUCCACGUUGCUGCACAAGGAACGCAGUUGGCCACCAACAUAAAAUGAGACAUCUCAAGGUGACCAGAAUCUUAAUGGUAGCUGAAAUAUCGUACACUCAAAUCACCUAUAGGAAUUAGUGGUGAGCGGAACCAAAAGUGGAAGUGAGAGCGAGCAAAAUCAAAAGCAAGAGUGAGAGUGAGGGCUUACUGAUAUUCUCAUGGCUUGACUUACACUUCUUUUAUUGAAAAAAUCAAAUUUGACCACACGGCAACUACCACACAAAAACGAUUUUACCCAAUUUGCACACACUUCACGAAAGCAAAGUCUUAAUAUGGCUUUCAUUAUUAAUUCUCCAAUAAACAUUUUCAAACAUUGUUGCAUUCAUCUUAAGUCAAGAUUGAUAAAGUCACUCUUUGUUCUGGAGAAUAGAAAGUGAGCAACAGAUCUUUGGGGGGCAAAAACGGUGCAGUAUGGAAGAAGGGGAAGUCUGAGUACCCAAGAAUCAGAUUAUUCAACUUCACUCAUGAGCUGAUGAAGAAAUCUCAAGGGAUUUGAGAACAUUCAAAUCUCAUUAAACCAACCAUCCAACUUAUUAUCCUUAAACUUCAGGGUCAGAAGGAGAGGGAACCAAUAUACUGCACAUACCAAGAUAUGCGCAACUCCGAAAUAUGUGGGUCCAAACUUGACCCACAAGAAGAACAGAGAUAAAACACAUCAUUACCUUAGCUCACAAAGUAUAUCUUCGUGCAACUACCACCAAGAAGAUAUACCUCAGGACAACAAGUUCAAAAUCGCUUCAGCAUUAGCAUGAACUAUGGAUCAAGUUGAUCGAAAGGGAUUGACAAUCUUCGAAGAUGAGCAAUUUAAAGGAGACCCAGGCAAAAAUUGCAUAGAGAUUAUCAAAUGCAUCACAUCUUCUUUUCAAUCAACAUUCACGACUUCAUCGGUGUGAUUCGUCACGCAAUCAAUUUCGAAAAUCAUUUUGAUACUCCUUAAACAACAUCAUAUGUUAAAAUGGGUCAUGCAUUUAUUGCCAGCAAUUCCCAAAAUAACUCAUACAUUUAGUUGGAUUUCCAAUGUUUGUAAAAAGGAAUCACUACAAGAUACAACAACUACAUUCAUGUGAAUUCUUCAAGUCUCAUGUUUAGCUUUCACGUGCAUUUAUGACAAGCCAUAACAACAGUUUAGGAAUGUCCUAAACAAAUACCAUGAACAUAC